GGAGAGCCAGGAAACGAAAAAGUGCCUUUGGGAGUGGAGCAGAGCUCCAGGAAGUGGCUCUACACCUUCUGGAUCGCCAUCAGAACCUGAAUGACCUCCUUCUGGAGGUGGAAGAUUGUGUCAAGCCAUCUGGGCAGGAUGGCUCAGAGCACCACAAAGUACUAUCAGAAUCAUUUAUAGCCUCUGUUCUGCAGGAACAGGCCUCAAGAUUGGGUGUGCCCACAGCAAUCCUGGCAGCCACGAGUGCUGCCACCAACAUCGAGCAGAUCUGCAGGGCUUCUGCCAGCCCCUCUCAAGGGCCACUGCUGAACUUGGACCAGAGAGAGAGAUUGUCUGGCUUGCUGCAAACAGUCAAGGAUUUGCUGGUGACCAACACGUUCUGUCGUUCCCACUUCUGUCAAGAGGUGUGGAAAAUGAAGGACCCUCCAGUGCUGGAAGUUGUGUGGCACCUGCACAGAGGGGACAUCGUUGGCCUGGGAGAGCUGCUGGAGAGCCCAGCUGUCCCUGCUGUGGUGGAGUGGCUGAGCAGCAGCCUCCGUGGGCUCUGCCAGCUGGCAGAGGGGCCCUGUGGGGACGUGGAGCUCGCCGGGCACCUUCUCUCAGACCUGGCGAUCCUGUUUCUUCAGAAUGGCUUUCAGCUAGCUCCAGAGCUGGGAAGGCAGCUGGAAUUCAAGAAGGUUCCCCAUAUCUGUCACGCUGUCUUACAAAGGAUGUUGACAUGGGUGCUUGAUGCUGUUGGUAAAGCAAAGCAGGAAGAUGCUUCCACGUUGCAAGCUAUGAGGUUCUGGCUGAAUGUGUUCAGUGUGUCUCUUUAUAGAGGUGCAGUCCAUCCAGAUUCCUUGCAGCAGUUUUUCAGACACACCCUGACUGAGGUUCUUACCUACAACCCGUUGCUGAAAGUGUCUGAUGCCAUCCGUCUGCAGAAGGAGUGGAGCUUUACAAGAACUUGUCCCCUGCUCACUGCCUUGUACCGCAAACUCUUCGUGGCACUCAGUGUGAAGGAGUCCAUCUGCCAGCUGCAGCAGGUGCUGGAGACCCAUGAAGUGAACUGGCAGCACGUCCUCUCCUGUGUUUCCACGCUGGUGGUCUGUCAGGCUGAGGCUGAGCAGCUCUUCAAAGAUCUCCUGAGCUGUCUCCUGGUAAAGGCCUUUGAGCACUACGACAUGGAGAAUCUGAUCACUGCCUUCCUGAUAGCCCGUCAGGCUGCCCUGGAGGGCCCUGCUGUGUUCACACCCUACUCAGAGUGGUUUAAGGCAUCCUUUGGGAGUGCUGGUGGUCACCACGGGAGCAGCAAGAAAGCUCUGGUCUUCCUCUUUGAGUUCUUGUCAGAGCUCGUGCCCUUUGAAGCAGCACCAUACUUGAAGGUCCAUAUAAUGUACCCGCCGUUCGUGCCAACGAAACAUCGGCCCAUCCUCUUGGAGUACAUCACUCUGGCCAAAACCAGACUGGCUGACCUCAAGGUGGCUCUAGAAGAUAUGGGGCUCUAUGAAGACCUGUCUUCCACAGAUGAAUCCUUGCAGCCCCAGGGCCAGGCCCUUCGGGACGUUGAGAAGGCCCUUCAGAUCUUUGAGCACACGAGGAAGAUCCCAGCGUCUGUGAUAGAGGCCAGUAUUUUCAGGCGACCAUAUUACACUUCCUGGUUUCUUCCUGCUUUGCUCAGGCCACGUGUGCUCCCGAAAACGCCGGAUGCACGCGUGGCUUUGAUAGAAUCUUUAAGGAGAGCUGAUAAAAUACCCUCAAACUUGUACUCCACAUACACGCAAGCCUGUCAGGCUAUGAAAGAGAAGAGGUUACAAGAUGACUCAAAAGCAGAGACCAGCCAUUCCAAAGAGCCUGUUGAGCAGCUGGAGGCUGAGCUGGCUGAGCUGAGGACGCUGGUUGUGGACCAGGCUAAAUUUGAAGAUGUGCCAGCACAGAUUGCAGUGAUUUCUGACAGGCUUGCCAGCAUCUUGGGCCACAGCAGUGAUGAGAAUGAAGCUGCUACUUUGAAUUCUCCAAUCCAGGUCGACAUUUCUGCCCCCAGGCUGGAGCCCAGCCAUCAGCCUGUUGUUGAUCUUCUCCUGACAUCAUUCUGCCAAAACCUAAUAGCUGCUUCCCAUUUUAACCCUCCUGACAGGCAGGGGCCAUGUCUCUCCUUGUUUGUGAAGAUGAUGUGUGGACACAGGAAUCUCUUACCUGUGCUUCUGGGCAGGCUCUGCCAGCUCAUUUAUCACCAGGGUCCUUCCCUGAAUGAUGCUCACAUCUUAGGACUCGCAGCUUUUGUGAUCCACUUAAGUGAGUGCAGAGCUUUAAUCCCUGCAGUGGAAGCCAGUUUGGGGAUUUCUCAGCCCAUUUCUGAACGGGCCCUUUCCAUUUCUGAGUACUGGACCCAGCUGCUGGUGUGCAGGACAGAGGAGUCCUUUGCCUUCUGCAUGAGGUUUUGCACGGCGGCAGCAUCUUAUCUGAUGUGCAAGUUCUCAUCCUCUUCCCAUGAAGAUCUGUGUGCCUUGCUUCCUCCUGGCCUUGCUAAAAAGCUGCAGUACCUCGUGCCACGGCUGUGCCUGGAAGCUCGAGGGAUCCUGUGUAAGGAGACUGAAAAUGACCCAAUCUGGAGUUCCCUGCCCUGCCCCUCCCUGAACUUCAAAAGAGCCAGCAUCUGUUUAUGGAAACAAGCACGCUUCCAAGAGCUCUUGAGGGAAAAAGCAUUCCAGUUGUCAUUCAGGGAGUGGCUGCUUUUGGAGCUGGAAGUGUACCCUGAAAAGGAUGUUCUCUCUGCUCCUGAGAGACAGGACUUCCAUUAUUGGGCCAUCUAUCAAUGGUAUCUUCCUGCACCUUCUGCUUCUGGUGGCUGUGAUGGAGACCUGGAGAAGGCCUGUGGCAUUAUCAUUAAUGCCAUCCUGGAUUUCUCACAAAGGUUGGACCUGGGUAGCUGUGGCCAGUCGAAGAUGUCUGUCAACCCUGAUAUUCUCUGCAGGCUGCAGGAGAUGGUGCUGGAGCUGGGGAGUAGGAGGAGGUUCCUUUCUGGCUGCUGGGGUGCCCAGAGACACUUCCUGUUUGAGAUUCUCCAGGAAAGGCUGAGAGACAGAAAACCUGGCUCUGCUCUGGGCGAGCAGCUGUGGAGGCAGCAGGAGCUGCUGCUGCACAGAAGGGUUCUGGUGGGGCUCCCUGCGUCCACUCUGGUCACGACAGGUCACAAAGGAAAGAAAACUGUGUUGGACUGUGAAGACUUCUUUCACUUUGUGAACUCUGAGCUGAAGCAUGUCUGUUCCAGAGGGUAUGCACUCCCCUACGACCUCACCGCUCACUUCCUCAGGGGCCUGCUCCAUGCCAGCUUGGACUGUGAGGAACCAGCAGAGGGGGUCAACAACGUUCUGAGAGCUUGCCAAGCCAGAUGCCCCAUCAUGCUCCUCUCCACAGCGCUUUGGUGGCCGAGGCUGGAGCCAGUGCUUUGCUCACAGUGGAAGAGACUCUUUGAGGCUCCACUUGCAGAAGAACUGGAAGGGCUGAGGGGACAGCACUCUGCAGCUACCCGCUUCCUUUCCUCAGGAGAGGAUUUCCCUCCCUCUGGCCCUGCCUGGAUUUCAGCUGCCUUCCUCCACUGUGCUGUUGGGCAGCGGCCGCUGCAGGGACAAGAGAGGAAGGCCCUGGAGAGGCUGGGGACUGACACAGAGCAGCUUCUUGUUUCUCUGCUAUUCUUCUCACUCAUGGAUCUCAUCUCAGCAAAAAUAGCACCAAAGGAGGGAGUGGAUUUUCAGACAGCUCUGGAAUGGUCCCUGGAGAUCCUGGAGUGCCUGGAGAAGAGAGGUGCAUCCUGGCCACUACUCUUCUGUCCUGCAGAGAGAGACCCUGGAAGAUACGAGGUCCUGCGCAGCGCGGCCUCGGCCCGUCACACCCGCCUCCUGCCCCUCGCCUUCUACAGCCUCACCCCGUGCCUUCACCAGGAGCUGCUCACCAGGGAGCAGAGCUUCCUCCACACAGCACUCCAGCUGUACAUCCAGCUGAUGCAGCUCUUCGUGGAAGGGAAGGACCUGCCACAGUCAGAGCAAACGGGGCACAGCCCAGAGCCCACAGAGCAUGAGCCCCUGGAGCUGAUCUCCACGGCCCGGCGGUUCCUGCUCGGGGCCAUCCCACGCUGCCCUGCCGAGAGCUUUGGGGACAUACAACCGCUGCUGGCCACGUGUGAAGAACUCGACCCAGAGCUGGGAGCCACCCUCAGGCACUUCUUGAGGCCUCCCGUGGCCAUGGAGCUGGACGAGGAGCUGCUCCUCUUCUGA